ACUAAAAUAAAGCACACCCGUUUGAAGAUGCUCUUGAAGCAACACAAAAUGCAAAAACAGAAUUGAAUCCAACCCAAUGAGACGGCAGAUAGCGGAUCUAGUGAGAGAUGGAGCUUACAGAGAAGCCCUCACACUCUACUCUCGCCUCCAUUCUUCUUCUUCUUCUUCUUCUUCUUCUUCUCUUCGCAACGGGUUCACAUUCCCUGCUCUGCUCAAAGCCUGCGCCAAGCUCCGAGACUUUCCACGAGCCCAGAUGCUCCACACCCACCUCCUCAAGUCUGGGUUCCAGUCCGAUCUCUUCACCGCCUCCGCCCUCACCACCUUGUAUCUGAAAGCCGGCAGCGUCGAUUGCGCGCUCAAGGCGUUCGACGAAAUUCCCCACCCAACUAUAGAUUCUAUGAACGCUCUCAUUUCCGGGUUUUCUCAAAUUGGGUGUCACUCAGAGUCCUUCAGGGCGUUUGGGUCGCUGGAUUCUUGGAAUCUCCGCCCGGAUUCUGUCACCAUAGCCGGGGUGCUGUCUGGCUGCGAGGAUGCUACUGUGGGCGCGCAAAUGCAUUGCUGGGCUGUGAAGAUUGGGGUUGAGACUUGUGUUUUUGUUGCAACUUCAGUUCUCACGACGUAUUCCGGUUCUGGUGAUUUGGUUUCUGCAACGAGAUUGUUUGAGUCGAUUGAGAACAAAAAUGUGGUCUGUCAUAAUGCAUAUAUGACCGGCUUGUUGCAGAACCGUUGGUAUGAGGCUGUCUUGCUCGUGUUUAAGGAUUUCAAUGGAUUGUCAGAUGAAAGGGCCAAUGCUGUGACAUUCGUUUCCGGUCUUUCUGCUUGUGCAGAACUCAAGAAUCUGAAGCUUGGCCUGCAAAUCCAUGGCUCUGCUGAAAAAACUGUGAUGAAGGUUGAUACUAUGGUCUCCACUUCCCUAAUUGAUAUGUAUUCCAAAUGUGGUUCUUGGCAAUGUGCAUCUUCUGUGUUUCAAGAAUUUCCCAGAAUCAAACGGAGCUUGAUCACCUGGAACUCCAUGAUUUCGGGAUUAAUGCUCAAUAAUCAAACCGGGAAAGCAAUUGAACUCUUUGAACAUCUGGAAACUGAAGGGAUGAAACCUGAUUCAUCAACGUGGAACACAAUGAUCAUUGGGUUUUCACGCCUUCCGGAAGAAGGGUAUCAGAAAGCUUCUCAUUUCUUCAGAAGAAUGGUUUCAUCCGGCGUGAAGCCAAAUGAGAAAUCAAUGACCAGUCUUUUAACUGCUUGUUCUGCACAAUGUGUGCUUCACUCAGGGACACAGAUUCACGGAUACGCCAUAAGGACCAAAUGCAUUGACGAUCCCUUCCUUGCAACCGCUGUGAUUGAUGUCUACAUGAAAUGUGGAAAAGUCUGUUUGGCUGAAAGGGUUUUUGAGGCUUUUGAAAACAAGUGCGACGAUCCGGCCCUAUGGAAUGUUAUGAUCUCCGGGUACGGAAUAAACAACGAAAACGAAGCCGCUUUUGAGAUGUUCGACCGGAUGGUGCGCGAGAACGUGAAGCCAAGCUUAGCAACUUUCAACUGUGUGUUAUCCGUGUGCAGCCACUCCGGUCAAACAGUCAAAGGGUGGGAGAUCCUUAAACGGAUGACCGUGGAUUUCGGGUUCACCCCGGGUUCCAAGCAACUUAACAUUCUAGUUGAUCUUCUUGCUCGGUCUGGACAGCUGGACGACGCGAGAGAACUGCUCAAGAAACUGCCCACGCCUUCUGCCUCAGUUUUUGCUUCAGUUCUUGGGGCUUCUGAGUGUCAUUCUCAUCCUGACAUUGCACAAGAAAUGGUUCAGAAACUCUUAGAGCUGGAGCCAAGGAGUCCUAUACCACUGGUGAUCUUGUCUAAACUAUACGCUGCUCUUGGAAAGUGGAAUGAAGCUGAGAGGAUCAGACAGAUUAUGGAUGAAAAUGGUCUAAAGAAACUGGCUGGCUAUAGUUCCAUAGGCGUGCCGUAGAAGAAAGAAUCAGCCCAUUCAUCAGAUUCUAUACAUUCAUGUUGAACUUGCCUAUCAAACCAACCAGAAACCAGACAUGGGUCAUGGCUACAGUGACAUCACGAGUCACACCACGGACGACACCAAGGUUAAUACUCUACAAGUGGACAAUAAUUUUUCAAAGACAGU